CGUCUCCGCACAGAAGCAGAGCGCAUGGAGAACAAUUGGCAUCUGCGGAAGCGAUUACCUUGCAGGAGGCGUAGGUUAACAUCGCGACGCGUUAGAAGCCAGAGUCGUGCACACAGAGAAUAGCGGUGCCGUGUAGACGAGGUUGCUAUAUGCACAGGAUAGAGGCAAGCCCUGAGUGUGCUUUGUCUGGUUCUGGCUACGUUUAGGAAUUAGGUAUUUUUGUGGCCGAGAAGUGUGGCAGUUCGUUCAUCAUUCCAUCAGUCUGUCCGCUCAUCUGUUCAUCAGUGCGUCUCUUCCUACAUUCGUGUAAAGUCACCUCGUCAUCAUAAAAGGCUUGGGGCGCAUCUGACUCCUUGCCCUACCCACCCACCUACCCGAUCCGUCCGUCAUUCCGUCGUCCCCUGACCAUCACCCUUGCGACGCCUGCACCCCCCCUACUCCUCCUCCUCUUUCCACCACCAUCCACUCCCCCGCCCUUCAACACCCCCACCCAGAGUGGCCACCACUCCACUGCUAAAUUUAUCCUUCACCCAGAAAUACUCGGGCCGCAGUAGACGCCCUCCACCCUUCCACCCGCGCCGCGAUUCCUCGGGCCUCUUUCUUUUGGCCGCGCGACCCCCAGGCAUCGGACGCGCAUCUUUCGCGAGCGAGAGACAGAGGCAGGGAAGAUCGCCGGCCGUUAUGGAUCCCCGCGUCGCUGCCCUGAAAAGCAUGGAGGAGGAGCUGCGCGUGUACCAGACCACACUGCUGCAGGACGGAUUCCGAGACCUGCUGGACGAGGGCAAGAUGAUCGACUGCGAACUCAAGGUGGGCGACAAGAAGCUGCCCUGUCACCGGCAGGUGCUGGCCGCGUGUAGCCCCUAUUUCCGAGAGAUCCUUCUGUCGGAGGAGCCGGAGGAAUCGGGAAAGAAGAAGGCGACCGUGACCGCGAAGAAGGAAGUGGUACUCGACGACGUCGACCCCACGGUGCUCGAGAUGAUCCUGCGCUACCUCUACACGUCGGAGAUCGCCAUCACGGAUGAAAACGUGCAGGACAUCUUCGCGGUGGCCAACAUGUUCCAGAUCCCGUCCAUCUUCACGGUGUGCGUGUCCUACCUCCAGCGGCGUCUCGGCCUCAGCAACUGCCUGGCCGUGUUCCGCCUGGGCCUCCUGCUCGACUGCCCCCGUCUCGCCGUGUCGGCUCGGGACUUCAUCGCCGAGCGCUUCGGCGCGCUGUGCAAGGACGCGGACUUCCUGCAGCUGAGCGCCCAGGAGCUCAUCCCCAUCGUGGCGUGCGACGGUCUCAACGUGGAGAAGGAGGAAAUGGUGUGGGAGGCCUUCGUGGGCUGGGUCAAGCACGACAAGGAGGAGCGCGUGAAGAGCCUCCCCGACCUCUUCGACUGCAUACGAUUCCGCCUCAUGGCCAAGGACUUCGUGCGCGACCACGUGGAGAAGAGCGACCUCGUGAAGGCCAACCCCGAUCUGCAGAAGAAGCUCAAGCUGGUGAAAGACGCCUUCGAGGGGAAGAUGCCCGAGCCCCAGCCGGUCGCCACCGUCGGCAAGUCCAACACAGAUGGGAAGGCGGGCGCCACGGUCAAUGGAGACGUGGAGGCGGUUGACGACGAGCAGGCCGCCCUGCUGCCCAGCAUCCUCAACGACAACAAGCGGCUGGGCAUGUACGCGCGCCACCUCAUCCUCCUCGUCAACGACGAGGCGGCCGUGGCAUACGACCCCACGGAGAACGAGUGCUACCUGGCGGCGCUGUCCGGCGAGCAGGUGCCGAAGAACCACGUGAGCCUGGUGACUCGCGAGAACCAGCUCUUUCUCGCCGGCGGCCUCUACUACGACGAGGAGAACAAGGACCAGCCCUACCAGUCCUACUUCGUACAGCUCGACAACCUGGAGGGAGACUGGAUGGGCAUGCCCCCCAUGCCCUCCCCACGCGUCCUCUUCGGCCUGGGGGAGUCAGAGAACUCGAUCUACGCGAUCGGGGGCAAGGAGCUCACGGGAGACGUGACCUUGGACUCCGUGCUCUGCUACGACAGAAAGUCCUUCAAGUGGGGCGAGUCGGACCCGCUCCCGUUUAAGGUGUACGGACACACGGUGGUGUCCAACAAGGACCUGGUGUACGUGCUGGGCGGCAAGUCGGACGACAAGAAAUGCCUGAGCAAGGUCAUGGUCUACAACCCCAAGAAGUUCGAGUGGAAGGAGCUGGCGCCCAUGACCGUGGCGCGCUCGCUGUGCGGGGCCGUGCUGCAUAAGGGCAAGGUGUGGGUGGCGGCCGGCGUGGUGGAGGGAGGCCUCACCGCCUCCGUGGAGGUUUACAACAUCGCUACCAACAAGUGGGAGACGCAGACGGAGUUCCCGCAGGAGCGAUCCUCGCUGAGCCUCGUGAGCAUGGACGACGUUCUCUACGGCAUCGGGGGCUUUGCCAUGGUGCAGGCCGAGGGCGAGCAGCAGUUCGCGCCCAAGGAGAUGACGGACGUGUGGAAGUUUGACGAGGAGAAGAAGGAGUGGGUCGGGCUCCUGCGUGAGAUCCGUUACGCGGCCGGGGCCUCGUGUCAGUCCGUCAAGCUCAACGUGCUCAAGAUGGCCAAGCUGUGACAGCACACACGCACCGAUACAUACACUUAAACACACACACACACUGACACAUACAUACACACACGUACGUACGUCUAAACACACACGCACACACCGAUGCACAGCCCUCGACCUACAUGCAUAUUCACACGCGUCUGCGAGCAAUCCACAUCGUCAACCUCGUCCCGUCAUCGUCGUCCCACUGACUCCUGCCCCGUCCCCAACCUCUUCCCGUCGGGGUGUAUAUCUUCGCGAGAUAUAGUUACGUAGCGAUUAACACAAACGUGUACGGCUUUGCGUGCAAAACAAAGACAAAGAUCCCUCUAUUACCUGAACAGACUUUUGGGGCAAGUGCUGUUAGUAAGCACCGCUGAAGGCUGGCAUAGCGUACGAUGGGGUGGGUGGCCAUCACCACGCCCGGCCGUCUUUGUCUCCACCCAAUGCUGAUGUUUACACACUGCACCAGGUACUUAUAUAAGGCUAAGUCGACCUGUUCAAACAUUCGCCACUGUUGUUAUUUGUGAGUGGGAAUCAAACUGGGGUCGCCGGGUUUGUAGGGCAAUGCGCUAAUCACCGCGCCACCGCUCACCCAGAACCAACACAGGUAAAGGCUACUGACAGCGAGUACCUUCAAGGUGGUGGUGUCCUCGUUAACAUCAACACUGGGGAGAUAGAGGCGACCGUUCGUGUUGUUGCCCUUAAUAGGUGCUUGUUAACAGCACUCCCAGUCUAUAUCGCUCUCAGUGGGGGAAUUUUAUCUUAGUGUGUGUGUGUAAAUGGGUGGAUAGAAAGUGGAUCGUAUAAUCGUGUGUGUGUGUGGAGCGGUUGUCGCGGUGGUUGUACGUACGUUGAACUUCUUUCGCACCGUACUUAGCCAACUGUGCUAAUCGGAGGUGUGCGUGGGGAAGGACAAAGAAACACGCACAAAACAGUUUUAAAGAAAUGGUUUAGUGUACUACGCCACGAAUUCGAUUCAGGGCCACGGUUACCAUCAGUGGCCAAUUAUAUCUGGACCCGAUACGAGCUGGUUAACACUAUCCCAUCGUGUGCCGUGCCGGCCUUAAUAAGUGCUCACCAACAGCACUCUGGGGGGAUCUUUGUCUUCAAAAAGAUGUGUGCGUAUGUACGUAUGUAGAGUGUUGAGUUGUACGCGUGUGAGUCUGUAUUUAGAUUGAUUUUGUGUUAUUCAUUAAGUGGGCUUUAUUAAUGACACUGCAGAUGGCAUUGACACAGGAUGAACAAUUAAACUAAAUUCUUUCACAGAACUCG